GAUGAAAGAUUACUUCUUCAGACCGCCCAUCAACAGGUUGAGCCACACUUUCAUAGACAAAUCCCUGGAGUCGGCUUACAGGACCAGCUACCAGGAUGAGGUUAAGACGCAGGCUCCUGUCCAGACGUUUGCCAGUCCAACAUUCAGCUCUUUCCUAGACAUGCUCCUGUGCUGUUGUGUUCUCCUGGCUCUCUCUGUGGCCUGCCUCCUGCGACCGCUGGUUACCCAGCAGCCCCUGCCCACACCUGCCCUCAUAGUAGCCACAGUUGCAGCUGUGCUUGAAUGUUUGGCCCUAGUGCUGGCAAUACGGUGA